UAUAAUAUUCUAUCAUGACUCCUUUGUUUAUCCCAAACUUUGCACCAUUAAAACCUGUUUCCAGUGUGUUAUGGAUGAAAUGUCCCACACAAACACAUGCUAUCAUUAUCGGUUCCUGCAGGUUAUAAAUGAAUGAGUCUCAGUGAUGCUGCUGCAGCUGCAGACACAGACCCACAGGAGGAGGAGGAGGAGGAGGAGACAGGACGGGCACUAGGACCCGGGGCUCGCUCCUCCAUGCAGCAGCAGCUGUGAGCAGCAGCAGCAGCAGCAGAAAUCUGCAGCUUCCAGAAUGAACAGAUCAAAAUGAUGCUGAGUGGAAAAAGGGAUUAAACGUAAGCAAUCUGUCUUCAGCUGCGGUCAAUCCGCGCUGCUCCGCUUCUCCUGCGUCUCUGCUCUUUAUCCAUCAACGCGAUUCUCCGCUGCAGGUUCUCAUUGUGUAGCGGGGAGCGGGCUAAUGACAGAUGCAUCGUGCACACUUUCUCCGUAGCGUCGGGACGUGAGUCGCAGCGGAUGCAGACAGGGCCUCCUCCUCCUCCUCCUCCUCCUCCUCUUCCUCUAAUGCGAUCUGUUGUUUUUGUUUCUCUCCAUCUGCCGGGCUCGUCGGGCUCUCCGCACAGAUUUCACCGCCGGGGGCUCGAGACAGGAGGCAUGCCGUCCGUGAGCAUCCGCUGCGCCGCCUGACCCGACCAUGAUGAAGACCGAAUCCACAUCCAAGAGCACCGGCUCUGGCUCCACGCUCCGGAGCCCGUCCCCGCACAGGAACGCGUACGAGGCGGGGAUGCAGGCCCUGAGGCCCGUCUCCUCCAACGGGGACAUGCAGGACGGCCCCCGGGGACGCAGGUACGGCUCCAACGUGCACCGUAUCAAGAACAUGUUCCAGCAGAUGCAGACCACGGCCCCGGCCGACGCAGAGGCGGAGGAGGAGGACGACAGGAGCGCGGAGAAAUCCGUGCGUCUCUCCCUCCCCAGAGCCGGGAGCCUGAACGAGAACGUGGACCACAGCGCGCUCCUGAAGCUCGGGUCCUCCGUGUCCGAGCGCGUCAACAAGUUCGACCCCAAGCCGGAGAACGGGCACCAGCGGGCCUCGUCCCCGAGCUACUCCAAGCUGCAGGAGACCCGCCGCAUCUUCGAGCAGCAGCAGCAGGAGAAGCUGGCCACCACCCGGGUCCUGCUGAAGACCGACAAGGCCUCGAGCUUCCAGGAGGGCAGGCUGGACGUGAUGGCUCGGUUCAACGGCAGCACCGAGUCCCUGGACAGCCUGGACACCAGCGAGGCCGUGUCCCCCACCGUCAGCCAGCUCAGUGCCGUGUUCGAGCGGGCCGCCGAGCUCCGGAACAACCUCCACCGCCUCUCCUCCACCCCGCCGCUGCCCUCCCGAGGGGUCAGCGCCAAGGUGGGUGUGCUGAACUCCAAAAUAAUCACAAAGAGAGUCAGUGCCUUUGCAGCAGGAGGCCAGGACGAGGAUGCAGGCUAUCAGAGGGACCAAGAGGGGCCCCCGAGGGCCCCCAGGGGAAGGAUGGCUGCCCCGUCUGAGGGCAUCAAUGGGGGCCAGAGUGUUGGCCGAGGCUCCCCAAAGUCUGAGCGUCCCCUGAGUGCGGGAGAGGAGCGAGGACGCACUGUAUCAGACGCAGGUGCUGAGGUCAAACUCUCGGAGUCCUCCAGCACAACACAGCAUGGAGACAUCCGCAUCUCCGUGGAGAACGGAGAAGACCUGCAGGGAGGAGAGAUGCUGAGGCAGGAGAGGGACAAGGAUGCUGAGGAGGACAGGACUGUGAGGGACGACCGGUCGGCUCUGGACUCUUUGGAUAUCAGCACCUACAGCGCGGUGGGAGAGGAUGGGGAAGUGGACGAGGAGGAGGAGGAGGAGGAGGAGGAAGAGGAGGAGGAGGACGACAGCUACGAGCCGGAGUCCAGCUGUGUGGAGAUUGCUGGGCUGCCUGCGGAGGAGAGCCCCCCCAUGUCCAGGAAGAUCCGCUUCAGCACGGACGUCAUCAAGGUGUUUGCCACUUACCCCAACGAGGACUAUGACCGGCGUAACGAGGACGUGGAUCCCAUGGCCGCGUCUGCCGAGUACGAGCUGGAGAAGAGGGUGGAGAGGCUGGACCUGUUCCCCGCGGAGCUGGAGAAAGGUACUGAACAUUAUGAUAACUACUGA